AUGGCCCGGCUGGGUGUGCUGCUCCUGGCCGCCGCCCUCGGUGCGCUGCUCAGCUUCGCGCUCCUGGCCGCCGCGGUCGCCAGCGACUACUGGUACAUCCUGGAGGUGGCGGACGCCGGCAAUGGCAGCGCCGGGCCCGGGCGCGCAGAGCUGCUCUCCUCGCACUCGGGGCUCUGGCGCAUCUGCGAAGGGCAGAACAGCUGCGUCCCGCUGGUCGACCCUUUCGCCAGUGAGAGCCUGGAUGUCUCCACCUCGGUGAAGCACCUCAUCUUGCUGCACCGCGCAGUCAUGGUGGUCCUGCCCCUGAGCCUGGUCCUUCUCGUGUGCGGCUGGAUCUGCGGCCUGCUCAGCUCCCUGGCCCAGAGCCCACCUCUGCUGCUCUUCACCGGCUGCUACUUCCUGCUGGGGGGUGUCCUGACCCUGGCGGGGGUCAGCAUCUACAUCAGCUACUCGCACCUGGCCUUUGUGGAGACGGCGCGGCAGUACGGCCCACAGCACGUGCAGGGCGUCCGCGUCAGCUUCGGCUGGUCCAUGGCCCUGGCCUGGGGCUCCUGUGCCUCAGAGGCAUUCAGCGGAGCCCUCCUGCUCUCGGCCGCCCGGACCCUCAGCCUGAGCCCCCCACUCUGUGGUCAUCUGAGCCCCCAGCAGGUGGGAGGGAGGUGA